CAAGAUGAUGAAGGAGACCUUGGAUUUUGUGAUGUCCAUGGAAUUCUGGAGAAUGGGCCUUCUAUGGACUCUCAGUCUUCUCCUCUCUUACUGGAACCUCCUUUUCGCCUCGGCUCCUCCUCUUUCCAGAUCACCACCUCAAUCGACGAAACCCGUCUGCAUCAUCACCGGUGCUACUUCUGGACUGGGCGCCGCCGCCGCCCAUGCUCUCUCUGCCCGCGGCUUCUUUGUUGUUCUUGUUGGACGCUCAUCUCACUUGUUAGAAAAGACUAUGAUGGAAAUUAAGAGGAAGAAUGAGUGUGCGCAACUGAAAGCUUUCGAGGUUGAUCUCUCAUCAUUCCAGUCGAUUCUUCAGUUUAAAGACUCCCUACAGCAGUGGCUUUCCGACUCGCAAAUGCACUGUUCUAUCCAGCUCCUAAUCAACAAUGCUGGAAUACUUGCUGCGUCAUCUAGAGUCACCUCUGAAGGCUAUGAUCAGAUGAUGGCUACAAAUUACUUGUGUGCAUUUGCUCUUAGUAAGCUAUUGUUACCACUUCUCAGAAACAGCUCAGUUCCUGCCCGUAUAGUGAAUGUCACAUCUUUCACACAUCGAAGUGUAUCGAAUAUACAGGCUGACAAGGAGACUGUAACUGGGAAGCGCUUUAGCAGAUCAAAGAGAUACCCAUUUGCUCAUGUCUAUGAGGAUUCCAAAUUAUUCCUACUGCUCUUCUCCUAUGAACUUCAUCGGCAACUUGGCUUGAUGGACAUAUCUCGUCACAUCUCUGUCAAUGCUGUGGAUCCUGGUGUUGUUGAAACCAAGAUGAUGCGAGAAUUUCCUCCAUGCCUAUCCAGUUUGGCUUUUAAAGUUUUGAGAAGUCUUUGCCUCUUGCAAUCACCUGAGGUUGGAAUUAGCUCCAUUCUUGAUGCGGCACUUGCUCCACCAGGCCUCAGUGCUGUUCUAACCCACCAAUUAUUAACACAAGCUGUGGUUCAGACUGUGCUGAAAACUACGGAGGCCUUAAUGCCUAUGUCACAGGCUCUCCUAACUCCAAGCAUGCUAUUCUUCUUGCCUCUGAUGUUUUUGGAUAUGGAGCUCCCAACUUGAGGAAGAGUUGCUGCUUCUGGAUUCUGUGUUGUAAUUCCAGACUUCUUCCAUGGAGAUCCAUUUGUGUAUGACAAUAACAGGCCUCUAGCAGUCUGGUUAAAGGAUCAUGGAACGGAUAAGGGAUUUGAAGAUGCAAA